CUUAUCCUAGCUAUUGGGGCUCCGGCCUGUAAGCCAGUUGGAGUCGCGUCGGCGAGAACGAUUGGGCCGAGCGGAGAAAGUCAUGUUGCUCUUCGUGGAGGUAACAUCUAAAGGAACUGGCUUAAAUCCUAAUGCCAAAGUAUGGCAAGAAAUACCUCCAGGAAAUACUGAUGCCACUCCAGUAACUCAUGGAACUGAAAGCUCUUGGCAUGAAACAGCAGCCACAUCAGGGUCUCAUCCUGAGGGUAAUAGAGAACUUGCAGAUGAUAUGUGUAAGGAAUAUGAAGUAAUGUAUUCAUCUUGUGAAACCACAAGAACUACUACAGGCAUUGAAGAAUCAACUGAUGGAAUGAUUUUGGGACCAGAAGAUCUGAGUUACCAAAUAUAUGAUGUUUCUGGAGAAAGCAACUCAGCAAUUUCUACAGAAGAACUAAAAGAGUGUUUGAAGAAACAAUUAGAAUUCUGUUUCUCACGAGAAAAUUUGUCAAAGGAUCUUUACCUGAUAUCUCAAAUGGACAGUGAUCAGUUCAUCCCAAUUUGGACAGUUGCCAACAUGGAAGAAAUAAAAAAGCUGACCACAGACCCUGACCUAAUUCUUGAAGUGUUGAGAUCUUCUCCCAUGGUGCAAGUUGAUGAGAAGGGCGAGAAAGUGAGACCAAGUCAUAAGCGUUGUAUUGUAAUUCUUAGAGAGAUUCCUGAAACAACACCAGUAGAGGAAGUAAAAGCUUUGUUUAAAAAUGAAAACUGCCCCAAGGUGAUAAGCUGUGAAUUUGCACACAAUAGCAACUGGUAUAUCACUUUCCAGUCAGACACAGAUGCACAGCAGGCUUUUAAAUACUUAAGAGAAGAAGUUAAGACAUUUCAGGGCAAGCCAAUCAUGGCAAGGAUAAAAGCCAUCAAUACGUUUUUUGCUAAGAAUGGUUAUCGAUUAAUGGAUUCUAGUAUGUAUAGUCCGCCCAUUCAAACUCAAGCACAGUAUGCCUCACCGGUCUUUAUGCAGCCUGUAUAUAAUCCUCACCAACAGUACUCUGUUUAUAGUAUUGUGCCUCAGUCUUGGUCUCCAAAUCCCACACCUUACUUUGAAACACCACUGGCUCCUUUUCCCAAUGGUAGUUUUGUGAAUGGCUUUAAUUCACCAGGAUCUUAUAAAACAAAUGCUGCUGCUGCUGCUGUGAAUAUGGGUCGACCAUUCCAAAAAAAUCGUGUGAAGCCUCAUUUUAGGUCAAGUGGUUCAGAACACUCAACAGAGGGCUCUGUGUCAUUGGGGGAUGGACCAUUGAACAGAUCUGGUUCAAGGAACUUUCCAACUGAACGACAUAACCCUACAGUAACAGGGCACCAGGAGCAAAGCUACCUUCCAAAAGAGACUCCCACUUUGCAGAUGGAACAGAAUGGGGACUACGGUAGGGGCAGGAGAACUCUCUUCAGAGGUCGAAGACGUCGGGAAGAUGAAAGGAUCCCAAGACCCCAUCCUUCAACAGCUGAAGCAAAGGCUCCAACACCAAAGUUUGACUUAUUAGCCUCAAAUUUUCCUCCUUUACCUGGAAGUUCAUCAAGAACGCCAGGUGAACUUGUUUUGGAGAGUAGGAUGUCUGAUGUUGUUAAAGGUGUCUGCAAAGAAAAGGAUAAGGAAGAGUUGAGAGUUAGUUGCCCAGUGACUGCAGAGGAUGAACAGACAGACUGCACCUCUGCCCAGCAACUCAGUAUGAGCACCAGUCCUCCAUGUACAGCUGAGCUUUCUGUAUUAAGCACAACUCAGCAAGAAAAGGAUCUAGAGGAUUCUGCUGUUCAGAAAGAUGUUCCCAACCAGACAACUAUACCAGUUUCUUCCCCGAGUACUGCAAAGCCAUUGAGAACAAAUACUGCUUCACCGUGUAAUAGUAACAUAAGUGCAGCUGUAGCUGUGGCCCUACAGGAACCUCGGAAGCUAAGUUAUGCUGAAGUGUGCCAGAAGCCCCCUAAAGAGCCAUCUCCAGUUCUUGUACAGCCACUGAGAGAACUUCGCUCCAAUGCAGUAUCUCCCACCAAAAAUGAAGAGAAUGGAGCUCCUGAGAAGUCCUUCGAGAAACAACAUGAGAAGCCAGAAGCAAGGGCUAGUAAGGAUUACUCUGGCUUCCGAGGCAAUGCCAUUCCCAGGGGAGCAGCUGGAAAAAUCAGGGAACAGAGACGCCAGUUUGGCCAUAGGGCUAUACCUCAGGGAGUGACUCGACGUAAUGGCAAAGAGCAAUACGUGCCACCCAGAUCACCAAAGUAAACAAAAACAAAAAAACUGUUCAAAAACUUCUCUCUCUUCCCAUUAAACUUGAGCCUGGCUAUAUUGAACUGUUUUGGAGGGGAGGGCGUGGCCAGGAAGGAAACAAGAGAAAGUACAUCCUUAAAUCAUUAUGGAUUUUGGAGUUGUGAGCUAUAGAAUCCCAAAAUUCAUCUCGAAAGUGAUUUUAAAAUGCUGGAGGAUUCCAAUCAGUAUAAAUAUAUAUAUAUAUAUAUGUAUACAUAUAUAAAAAUAUAAUUUUUCUAUUUUUGUUUUUGAUUUUAAUUUGCAGAGAUCUUCUGCCUGGAAUCAAUUUUGAGGGUUCAGAUUUAGCUUGGGAGUAAAACACAUUAUACAUCCUUCAGUAUAGGAGAUGAGGGAGUGAGAGAAAAUAUUUUUUGAAGAAACAUUUCUGUAAAAUUAGAAAUUACUUUUUUUAAUCUAUUUAAAGUUUGGCUUGGAGAAUGCCAUUUCUGCCUAUAUGGCCUUGUGUUGCAAAACAGAUCAGUGGCUGGGGUGACUGUUGUGGUGUGAGUGUGUGCAAGUAUGAUUGAAGCCAAAUCUGUUGUCAUGUUAGUAAAUGAUUUGAAAACUGAAUGUAA